UUGCAACAGCCGGACAGGCUUUGUCACGGUGAUAUCAUCGCAUUGAAAUAACCUCACCGCCAAUGCUGCUAGUAUAAAAGGCGUCACCUCUUGAUCAACUCUCCCUAUUCCAUCUUAUAUUGAACUUCCCCCAUUUUAUACAAACACUAUGUGGUUCACGCACGACUCUCCAGAGGCUCAAGCACAUGCACAGGUGACUGGUGGACACACCGCCAAGCUGAGCCACGAGCUCAUUGCCUCCGCCGCGGCAUACGAGGCUGCUAAAGCGUACGAGAAGCACGUCCAGGCUAACGGAAAACCCGCAAACCAUGCGAAGGCCGUCGAAAUGUUAGCGGCGCUGACCGGUGGCUUCAUUGACCGCAUUGCAGAGACUAAGGGAAUGGACGAGGUUGACAAGCAAAAGGCCAAGCAUUCAGCACAAGAACGCGCCAAAAGCACCCUCCAGGAGAAGGGUGAUUUCUGAUUGUGUCGUAGUAAAUCAAACAUGCACAAUAGACUUUGGUAGCAGGAUGCACAAUAUAACCAUUAGUAGACUGAACAUCAGAAUGUAAAUUAUAUGGAUGGUUUGAAACUUAAUGGGGGGGGAGGGCUUCCAAACGGCGGCGACUGAAUAUCGAUCGUGAAUAGUCUUCCUAUGAGGAUUUCUUUUUAG